CAAGGGAAGCACAACUGCUUCUCGUUUCACCUGAUUUUACAAUCUUUUUCGGGAAUUUUUAUAAUAUAUGAUAUAAGUAUGAUAUAAUCAACAAGCAUGCCCAAGAAAGCAAAGAAAGGAGGAAAGGGGAAAGGGAAGGGGAAGAAGGGGAAGAAGGGAAAGAAGUCCAAGAAGGCUGAGAGUAAGGUUGCCAUAGCAACAGCCAGUGCCAAAGUAUGGGAAACCAAACUGAAUGUGCUAGAAGCUUCCAGGCAGGAAUACAGAGAGAAUGCCCGGAGACUGGCGGAACAGAACCAGGACCUCCAGAGUGCUAUGCAUCAGACGGAGAAGGACACAAUAGAAGUGAUCUCUUUCCUUAAAACUAAAGAUCAGGAGAAAGAUGAAGGUAUUGAAAAACUGCAAAGGCAAAUCAAGGAUCUAAAGACAGAACACAGAAAAGAAAAGGAAACAAUUAUUGAUGACUGCAAUGAACAGAUCAAGGAUUUGGAAGAUAAACUAGAGAAGAAAAAUAAGGAUAUUGAAGUACUCCAGAAAGAACUGAAAAUGGUUAAAGAAUUCAGAAAGAAAAGAGCUCAGAUGCAGAGAGAGUUGGAUGAGAUUAAAGAUGCUAUGUUUGUUGCAAACAAAGAGCAUAAAACCACACUGACAAGAAUGGAGCAAAAAUUCUUUGAGGAAAAGAUGCGGUUGCAACAAGAGGCUAACCAGAAAAUUGCAGAGCUUGCUGAGAAAGCUCACCUGGAAGCUAUAGUAAAUCUUGAUGAAACAACAAGGUCAAUCUACAAGGAAAAUGUGAGGCUGUCAGAAGCAUUGGGCUUUCACGUCAAAGAAAGUGAUGAGCUCAGAUCUAGAAAGAAAAAACUGGAGGAAGAAAACGAGCAUUUGACAGGAGAAAAGGAACUGCACGAAGCUCUUGUGCAAGAGAAAGUCAUAAAAUCUAAGCAACAAAAACAGGCUUUGAAAGAGCAACAAGAAAAAAUCCAGACAUUGGAACAGUCACUGAGCCAUGUGGUUAGGGAAUUUGAGCGAGACAGACAAGCCUUGAUUGAAAAGUUUCAAAUAGAAAAUGAAUCCAGCAAAAAUGAAAUUGUCAAACUCCAAAGGACUGUUGAAUUAAAAACAAAAGAGAUGAACAAAGUUAAAAGACUAGCUAGAAACAUUCUAGACCAAAGAACACAGAUUGAGCGAUUUUUCUUGGAAGCACUGGAAAAUGUGAAAUCUGAAAUAGCUGCAAACCAAUUACAAUACAAAAAGGAUGCCCAUGCUGCCUACCAACAAAGAAUGUUAGCGGCCCAUGCUGGAAGAGGAGAAUAUCCAAAGAUCAGAACGUUCCACAAAUCUGAAAACAGCACCAACAGUGUCUUCCAAGACUUGGAGGCAGCUCAGAGAUUGCUGGACUUGUCAGGCCAAGUGGACAUCAGUGACCUGACCUGGGAGCAGAAAGAGAAGGUUCUGAGGACUUUGUUUGCCAAAAUGAACGGAACCAAGAAAGAAGCUGCAGCCACGCCCACAAGGUCCCGCACUGCAUUUCCUGCCAUACAAACUGGACACGGGAUGCUUAGUAUCACACAGCAGUCUGUAGAAGAAGACUAUGAUGCUGACCAUACCUUCCUGACCCAGGCAGACGUGGGAGGUAAAGAUGGCCAAGAUGGCGUCCUCGGCAUUCCAGACGUCAGAACGGCCUUCCAGGAAGACAGCAGAGCUGUGGAGACUGUUACUUGAAAAAAAUCUUGAGAAGUGAAAAACAUUUCUUUGAAGCAAAAAUUGAAGCAAGUAGUAAUAGUGGUAGUGGUAGACAAGUUAAGUCUGCUACUUGAGAAAAUGUUUUGGGAAAUCCUGGACAAGUUAGAAAAUUUUAUUGUAGUAAAAUGAAUCCAGAGGAUUCAUGAUGUACGUGUACCAAAUUCCUUUGCGAUGUAUUUACCAGGGUUAAAGUGCCUGUAUCCAAUGGGUCUGGUAAAAUCUUUAGAUAUUUCUCCAUUGACUGAUGUCACUAAAUCCCUCCCGAUUCUAAUAAAAGUGCUAUUGCAUUUACAUCAAAUAAUACAUGAUAUAUUAAUAAAUAUCUGCUGCAGUAAUUUUGAUAACUUAAUGUUUGACUACAAAUGUAAAGCUUAUUUUUAUUUUUACUUUGCAUUAUGUUUGUCAUGCUGCUGCUUUGUCUGAAAUGGGUAUGUCUGCUGAUGUAUAUACUAGUAGUUAUUUGUAAAAGUACACCUGCACAUUUAUAGUCAUGAUUGCCAUCACACGCACACAUAUAUAUAUGUGUACAAAAUACAGACUUAAACAUGUAAUUGUGAUUUAAAUGAAGAAGCUGAAUUUGUAAUUUUGAUGUGUUAAAAAAUCAUAACAAUACUGAAAUAAAUA